UUGCCCAGUGCCUGAAUAUUGAAACUUAGUUAAAGCAAUAAUAAGAAAGAAAAAGUCGAUAAUUCAUAUUUAAGCGCCGCACUUUCUUCCUUGCUCAUUUUUUCUGUUCUUCCCCCAAACCCUGAAAGAGAUAAACAAUUAACUCCCAUCAAUCUAGGGUUUCUCUUCUAAUUUGGGAGAAGCAUUUUCGUUCUGAGUUGUUGAAAGUUGAAACCCUUCGUCAAAACCAACCUACUGUCUGUUCGCGGCUCUCUACUUCUAUUAAGCUGGCUUCCUGUGAAAGUGAAGAAAUGCGUGCAAGUGAAAACAGAAAACCCAUUACCAUAUCCUCCCCUUUCUCUCUCCUUCCCUAAUUCCUUUCUUCCCCAUUUUCAAAUUGAAUCUUAGAGCCUCAAUCCUUCCACAUUCUCAAUAGCCCUGAUUCCUUUUUUUUUUUGCCGGCAGCCCGCGCCACCGCCAGUCCGCCACCGCACCUAGGUUUCGUUUGCUGGCAGCCGGUUGUGGUCAGUGGUCUGUGUACUCUGCGGACUGUGGUCUGUGUACACUGCCGUCCAGGCGUCCACCAUUCUUGGCCUCUUGGAUAUUAAAUUUGCAAGACUAUGAAGAGAUUAAAAGAAAUUAGUAUUGCUAGUUUAUUUUACCAAACGCGAGAGCAAAAAGUGAGAAUAAUUCUAAUCCAAGUUCCCUUCCAACCCAACAAAGUACAGUACAAUCGAAUAAUAUUCCUUCUUCAUCGACUAAUCCACCUCAAAAUGAAGAGCAUGAAACUGAAACAACUUCCCCUAUGAAUUUAGAGAGAUUAAAUGAAGUUGAUGUUAUGAAUCUUCCACAAGACCCUGGUAAAAAGAAAAAGAUUGUCUGAAUUCCAUGUCAAUGAUCAAGACAUUAUUGUUAGGAAAGAAAAAGAUUGCCUAAAUUCCAUGUCAAUGAUCAAGACAUUAUUAGGAGAGAAUAUCAAAAUAUGAGAACUCGAAGAGAACAAUUGUAGUUUUAUAUUUUGUUAUCUUGUAUUUCACUAUGUUAGAAUUUUAAUCUCAUUGUAAUUUGUAACUUGUAAUUUGGAGCAAUGAAAUGUUUUUGGGAUGCUCAUUUUAUAAACAAAAGUGUCGGCCGUAAUUUAUUUCAACACGUUGGUGAAUCAUGAAUGGUGCUACCCAUGCUUUUGAUUCCUGGAUCCGCCUAUGGCAAAGACUAUCAUUUGUUUUAGUGGUCAUCAUGAAUUUCAUUGCAAAACUAUUUAUGUUAGCUUGUUAUUGUUCAUAAGCAAGGAAAAUUUCGGGAUUGUCAUUUUAUCUUUACACAAUUGUCGGUCACUGGUAGAUGAAUCAUCUUGUUACUAUAAGGUGAAAUUUUUUUAUCAUAUGUUAUUUGUUAUAUAAUAGUUAAUCAACCCUGUCUGUAACACCCUGAGAUUUUAAUGACGUAAUUAUUUAAUAUUUUAAUAGUCUUUAAAGAUUUUACAAUUAUAUUUAAUUAUUUUUGAAUUGGUUUAAUAAAAUUCUUUCACAUACGGAUUUAAACGUUAACUUAUAUAUAUUAAAAAUACAAUUACGAUUUCUAAAUAAAGAGGUUCGAAUCAAAAUAAUUAUUUUAUUAAAAUGUGUGAGCCCACGAAGGUGAAUCUCUUAAUUGGGUCUCGCAAGAAAAACAAAUCGAGAUAAAAAUAAAUAAAUAAAUAAUAAUAAUAAUAAUAAUAAUAGUAAUGACAAGUAUAAAAACCCACGAAACCCUAAAUGCUUCAAACCAGCCGUCAUUCACCUUCCGUUAUUCCCCUUCUCUCUUUCUCCCACUCCCUCCUCCCCCACUGUGAGCAAGAGCAGCCGGCAGCCACCCUACAAGCAGCCACCAGCACAGCUGCGCCUCUUUUCCUCCUCCACAAGUAGCAGGCGCAGCAACCAACUUUGCUCCACCACCUAGCAGCAGCAGCCGCUGCUUUGUGCACCCCCAAACAGCAGCUGUGAGCAGCCGGCACCCUCACCACCAUCAGCUGCCGCCCACGUGACCAACAGCCACCAGCAGCAGGGGCUGCAAUCUUCCCCGCCAGCAAGCAGUCGGUUCUGGACCUCCUUCCAGCCGGUUCUGAGCUCUUCCACCAUCUCCACAAGCUUCAUUCUCCUCUUCACUUUCCUUACUAGUCUUAGCUUGGUGCCCACUUCAUAAGAGGAAAGUAGAACCUUAGUUGGGUGAUUUUUGUAACUUUUGGUCGUGCAGUGACGCUUGCAGAUUAUAUAUUAAACAAAGAGAGUUGUUUUGAAAUUGCUUAAAGCAUCCAAGAUGUCAUCUAUAAGGAAUGCAAUCCCUAAAAGGACGUAUAAGGAGCGAUCUCAACCGGCUUCAAGGAAAAAGUUUGGGUUCCUUGAAAAGCACAAGGAUUAUGUUAUUCGUGCUAGGGAAUACCACAAAAAGGAGGAGACAUUACGGAUACUCAAAGAGAAGGCUGCUAAUAGGAACCCUGAUGAAUUCUAUUUUGGCAUGAUCAGAACCAAAACAAUUAAUGGAGUACAUAGACCUGAGAGCGAGGCAAACAAAUAUACACCAGAAGAACUUUCAUUGAUGAAGACACAAGACAUUGGAUAUGUGCUUCAGAAACUACAAAUUGAAAAGAAGAAAGUUGAAAAGCUUAAAGCUACGCUACACAAUUUAGAUAAUCAGCCAUCAAACAGACACAUUUACUUUGCAGAAGACAGGGAAGAGGCGAAUGAAUUACAAUCGAAGUUCUCACGGAACAAAGAGCUCAACACAUUAGGACCUAUACCUAAGGGGAUCAAGAGAAAGAUGAAUGCUUCCUACAAGGAGCUCGAGGCUAGAAUGAAAAGAGUUGAAGAUUUGGAGAGAGUCCAUGCAGAGAUGACCUUGAAGAAAGAGCUACAGAAGAAGGGUAGGAAACACAAGUUACGGGAAGAUGAGAUUGUUUGCCCCACAUCAAAGCCAGUAUACAAGUGGCGAGCAGAACGUAAGCGAUGAAUAGACUGUGAUCAACUGUGUUAGGACAGAGAACAUUCUGAAUGCAUGUAAUGUAACACUAUCUUCACUUAUUGAAUCGACGGGAAAGUGAGGCAAAUUCCUUAGUGAAUUUAUCUUACUCAUUUUCGCGAGAUGUAUUCUAGACAAGUUCUGAAUUCUGAUGUAUUCGUGCUUUGACAUUGUACCACAAAUUAAUGCAUACAAGUAUCAAUUGAAUUUUUGAG